UACGUGGUAUAACGGAUUUUAUCGCAAACUUGCAUUAAUUUCCGGCAAAAUGGCACAGUCUGUGUUUGUUUUGUUUGAGCAUGCCUCCGGAUAUGCACUGUUCCGUGUAAAGGAGUUUGAGGAAGUGGGCAUAUUGUUACCAGAGGUUGAAGCAGGGAUCAAUGAUAUCAGUAAAUUCCAGUCUGUUGUCAAACUUGCUGCAUUCUCACCAUUCAAGAGUGGUACUAAUGCCUUGGAUAACAUCAACAGUAUCUCUGAGGGGGUUAUACACGAAGAUCUUAGAGUGUUCAUUGAAACAAAUGUACCACAAUCAUCAAAGAAACAGAAAGUUGUUCUUGGAGUUGGUGAUGCCAAGAUUGGAGCAGCUAUCACUGAAGAGACGAAAGUAUCAUGCCAACAUACCGGAGUGGUACCAGAGGUUAUUAGAGGUAUCCGACUUCAUUUUCCCAACCUUGUAAAGGGCCUCACUGAAGUAUCAGCCAGCAAAGCUCAGCUAGGUCUCGGACACAGUUACUCACGAGCAAAGGUGAAGUUCAAUGUGAACAGGGUAGACAACAUGAUCAUCCAGAGUAUUGCUCUUCUAGAUCAGCUUGACAAAAAUAUCAACACAUUUGCCAUGAGAAUCAGAGAAUGGUAUUCGUACCAUUUCCCAGAACUUGUGAAGAUCAUCAAUGACAACCAUAUGUACUGUGCUGUAGCAAAGGUGAUCAAAAAUAGGAAAGAGUUUACAGAAGAUAAAGUUGCUGAACUUGAGGAAAUUGUGAUGGAUGAUGCCAAGGUCAAGGCUAUUUGUGAUGCUGCCAGGUCAUCCAUGGGUAUGGAUAUUUCUGUUGUGGAUCUGAUCAACAUUGAGAUGUUCGCUUCUAAAGUUAUCUCCCUUGUAGAGUAUAGAAAGUCUCUCAGUGAGUACUUGAAGAGCAAGAUGGCCUCAUGUGCACCAAAUCUGGCAACACUAAUUGGUGAACAGGUUGGAGCCCGGCUUAUUGCCCAUGCUGGCAGUUUGACAAAUCUGGCCAAGUACCCAGCAUCUACAGUACAGAUUCUUGGUGCUGAAAAGGCUCUGUUCAGGGCCUUGAAAACUCGUGGUAACACACCUAAGUAUGGUCUUAUAUUCCACUCUACAUUUAUUGGCCGAGCAGGAGCCAAAAAUAAAGGUCGCAUUUCAAGAUACCUAGCCAACAAGUGUUCAAUUGCUUCUCGUAUCGACUGUUUUUCUGAUAUUCCAACCUCAGUGUAUGGAGAGUAUCUACGGCAGCAGGUAGAAGACAGACUCAAGUUCUAUGAGACUGGAGAAGCACCCAAGAAAAACGUUGAUGUAAUGCAUGAUGCUAUGCAGGAGGCUGCAGUUGUUCAGGCUAAUCUGCUUAAGAAAGAGAAGAAGAAAAAGAAAAAAGAAAAGAAGAGGAAGUCAGAAGCCGGAGAUGUUACCAUGGAAACUGAUGCUAAUACUACACUGGAUACAACAGCUGACACCUCCGCUCUUGGAGAACCUCCAGUAAAGAAAAAGAAAAAGAAGAGACAAGCUGAUGACAGUGAAGCUAAUGUUACCAUGGAAACAAGUCAAGAACUGGAGACAACACAAGAGAUAGCAGAUGAAACUCCCAGCAAGAAACAGAAAAAGAAGAAAAAGAAGAAGAGCAAAGAUCAAGAAUAAAAAAUUAAAAGAAAAAGAGUGAUGUUGGAACAAUUGUACAUUUCAAUAGCAUGAAACUAGGAAAGACAUUGUUCAGGAUUACAGAUGUGUAGUUUUAAGAUCACGGAAGUUCAGUAUUAUAUAUGUAUAUAAAACGUGGAAAUUUACUAAGCAUAUACAUUUCUGGCAAAAAAAGAAAUAUUUCCAUUAAAUGUUGAUCUCCAAACACUCAUCCAAAUACGGAAUGUGUUUUUCUUCAAAAUUUAAAUUUGAUUAUAGUCACAGGGGUGUAGAAUUUGGUUUCUGUGAUCAUAAUUUCUUGCAACUUUUGUCCAUCUAGAUUAAUACUAUUAAACGGUAAAUAUAACUUUUACCUUCCAUGAUACAGUUUGCCGUAACAUGUAUUCAAGGUCGAACAGCCAUGAUCAGGUGAGUGGUUCAGGGCCACCAUGACGCUCUUGAGUAUGUGAAAGUUGACAAUACAGUUUCGGACAGUUAUAAUUUACACAGGGUAUUUAAGUUAUAUUUUCUUCCUAUCAGUGGGUGAAGUAUAGUGCCUAAUGCCAAAUUUUCACAUGUUGAGAAAUGAAGCAGUUUUGUAACAAAGAGAUAUUAGAUUAUCUUUAAUGCAAAUAAUUUCUUAAACAAAUGAACUUAGAACACCAUAUAUUGGAGAACUACAUAUCAAAUUUUUACUUAGGAUCAUGAACUGCCUAAAACUGCUUUAACUUUGUCAAUAGAAAUACGGAACUUGUUUCAUCUUGGUGGAAGUAUUUGUGAAACUUCCAUCGUCCUAGUGAAGAUGUUUUGUUUAGAAAUACAGUACACCUGUAAUCCUGGACACUGCCUUUAGAAAAAGAAAAAGAAGAGCUAUUAAAGAAGAUGGAGGAUGAAAUUUAGAUAAAAGAUUGAAGUUGGAAUAAUUGUAUAUUAUAUAAUGGCUCUAAAACUUAGAAAUAGAAGAGCGGUGAAGAUACAUAAUAAAAAACUAUAAAAGAAAGAUUGUGAAGUUUGAACUAAAUACCAAUACAUUGCAAGCAUUACAGGUGAAUUUGUACUGCACUAAUUUCCUACCAUUGUCGUUUGAAAGUAAAUUAAUAUUUAAAAUCUCAUCCCAGCCAGCCCCUGUUUAUAAUCAGUUGCCCCAAAGUUUAUAAAUGGAUACUAGUGUACUUACAAAAAAAAAAUGAGCACAAAAUUAUCACUGCUUCCAUCAUCAUAUUUCUUCUUCAGCAGUUUUACUGUUAUCACAUUAGUGGUCACAAUUUUCACCCAGUCUUUAUGAAACUUUGUUAGUAUGAUUGCUUGAAUAAAAUGUGCACCAAGAUCAAAUCCGAGUCAUAUGGGGACCAAACACUGGUCGCUACGUGUAGGUCAGAUAUUGAAAAAAUACCUUAUAAACACUUGCUACCUCAUUUACAUGAAACCUACUCGGAAUGUUUAUGAGAUCUGCAUAAAGUAUAAAAAGUGGUCAUUUUUGGUCAACAACUUUGUCUGGAGCAUUUCUUCUUCAUGCAUGGAGGGAUUUUGAUGUAACUUGGAACAAUUGUUCACAAUCAUGAGACAGAGUGUCAUUCUUAGGAACCAGGUCCCUAGUUUAGAAUUACUUCCCUUUGUUGUUAGCUCACCUGAGCCAAAGGCUCAGAGUGAGCUAUUGUGAUUGCUCACCGUCCGUCUGUCCACACUUUCCUUUAAACAACAUCUCGUAAACCACCAGGCCAAUUUUGAUGAAACUUCACAGGGAUGUUCCUUGGAUGGUCUUCUUUAAAAAUUGUUCAAAGAAUUGAAUUCCAUACAGAACUCUGGUUGCCAUGGCAACCAGAAGGAAAAUCUUUUUAUCCAAAAGCACAGGUCAUAGGGCUUUAAUAUUUAGUAUAUAGCAUCAUUUAGUGGUCCUCUACCAAGGUUGUUCAAAUUAUUCCCCUAGGGUCAAAUCUGGCCUCUCCUAGGGGUAACAUGGUUUACAUAGACAUUUGCCAAACUCAUGGUUUCCAGACUUGUGAAAGGGUUGACAGAUUUAAAUAAUUUUUGAUACACAGGUGUAACAUCAUAAAAUACGUAUAAUAACUGAAAUCAUUGUCUAAUUAUAACACUAGGCUCUUUCACAAACACUUGUUUCAGUUUUUAGCUCACCUGAGCACAAAGUGCUCAAAGGUGAGCUUUUGUGUGUCUGUCCGUCCGUCGUCGUCAACAAUUUGACUGUUAACACUCUAGAGGUCACAAUUUUGGCCCAGUCUUAAUGAAACUUGGUCAGAAUGUUACCCUCAAUAAAAUCUUGGACGAGUUCGAUAUUGGGUCAUCUGGGGUCAAAAACUAGGUCACCAGGUCAAAUCAAAGGAAAAGCUUGUUAAUACUCUAGAGGUCACAAUUUUGGCCCAAUCUUAAUGAAACUUAUUCAGAAUGUUACCCUCAAUAACAUCUUGGACAAGUUCGAUAUUGGGUCAUCUGGUUUCAAAAACUAGGUCAGCAGGUCAAAUCAAAGGAAAAGCUUGUUAACACUCUAGAGGUCACAGUUUUGGCCCAAUCUUAAUGAAACUUGGUCAGAAUGUUAGCCUCAAUAACAUCUUGGACGAGUUCGAUAUUGGGUCAUCUGGUUUCAACAACUAGGUCACCAGGUCAAAUCAAAUGAAAAGCUUGUUAACUUAACACUCUAAAGGUCACAAUUUUUGCCUAAUCUUAAUGAAACUUGGUCAGAAUGUUACCCUCGAUUAAAUCUUGGGCGAAUUUGAUAUUGGGUCAUCUGGGAUCAUAAACUAGGUCACUAGGUCAAAUUAAACGAAAAGCUUGUUAACACUGUAGAGGCAGCAUUUAUGACUGUAUCUUCAUGAAACUUGGUCAGAAUGUUACUCUUGAUAAUCUCAAGGUCCAAUUUGAAUCUGGGUCAUUAAGGUCAAAAACUAGGUCACCAGGUCAAAUCAAAGAAAAAGCUGGUAAACACUGUAGAGGCCACAUUUAUGAUCUUAUCUUAAUGAAACAUGGUCAGAAUGUUAAUCUUGAUGAUCUUUAGGUCACAUUAAAAUCUGGGUCAGGUGGGGUCAAAAACUAGGUCAUUAGGUCAAAUCAAAGGAAAAGCUUGUUAACACUCUAGAGGCCUAAUUUAUUACUGUAUCUUCAUGAAACUUGGUCAGAAUGUUUAUCUUGAUGAUCUUUAGGUCAAGUUUGAAUCUGGGUCAUGUGGGUAAAAAAAAACUUGUUAACACUUUAGAGGCCACAUUUCUGACCAUAUCUUAAUGAAACUUGGUCAGAAUGUUAAUCUUGAUGAUCUUUAGGUCAAUAGGUCAGGUGAGCGAUACAGGGCCUUCAUGGCCCUUUUGUUUUAAUUUCAAGAUAAACAACUUAAAUUGCACCUUCUUGUGGCCAUUUCUUUCUUAUGGUUGCCAUACUUCUGUGACAAGGCCGUAUUGUGGGAGUAUUAUUCGUCACGCCUGUGACAGUUCUAGUUUUUCUAAGCUCUUAAAUGCCAUGAAGCAUUUUAGUCUUACACUGUUACCAACAACCACAAGGGACAAACACUAACAAAGUUUUAUACCUGUAGGGGACUUCUGUAUUGCCACUGCAAUACUCAGUCACUUUUUGGUUUUUGCAUACAUGACAAGACUGAUGACUUACUGGUGCCAAUAAAUUCAUUUGAUCAGAUUAAAUAAAUAUAAAAGUUUCAA